UCGGUAGUGUGCUCGCGCUUCGUAUCACGGCAACGUCGCUUCGGGCGCCAGAGAAUACCCGUGAGUGUAGCACUCGUGCGGCAACACACCCAAUGUUUGUGUUUUCGAAUUUUUCGUGAUACUAGGAGUGCUUGGAAGGACCGCUUGGCAGGGCAUGUAGCCGAGUUCGUGAAAAUACUUACGAGAUGUGGACGACGACGAAAACGACCAAGUAUGGCGUCGCUGUCUACAAUUGGCGAGGAGAGACACGUUAUGGACUUCCUCUUGAAAUUGGAGAAACGGUACAGAUUUUGGAAGAAUGCGCAGGUUGGUACAGAGGAUUUUCUACAAAGAAUCGUGCAGUGAAAGGAAUAUUUCCUAGUUCCUACGUACACCUGAAACCUUGUAAAAUCGACAAUGAGGGUCUCUUUGAGUCUGUUAUCCCUUUGGAAGAUCCGGUCGUUCGGGAAGUUACCCUCGUCCUUAGAGAAUGGGGUGGUAUUUGGAAAAGGCUUUACGUGGAACGAGAAACAUACAAGUUUAACACGCUGCGGAAAGUGAUGCGAGAGCUACUGGAAUGGCGACGACAACUUUUAGCUGGCACCCUCACCACCGAUCAAACUCGAGAACUCAAACUCCGGAUUAUCAACAAGGUCGACUGGGGAAAUCGAAAACUUGGCUUGGACCUGGUACCGCGUCAAGGUGCGCAUAUGGUGGAUCCGGAUACUAUGUCCGUCGUCGAACUCUACCACGUGCACGUUCAGAGUGCCGAAAACUCGCAAGGCGCAUCGGCAAGAGGCACUUUGAAGCGCAAAGAACACAAGAAAGUUUUAACGCAUCAUCUCUAUUUCUGCAUGCGAGACUUUGGUCACUCGGUUGGCGAGGACACUGAGAUUUAUUUUUCUCUUUACGAUGCAAAAAGAGGACAAUAUUUGAGCGAGCGUUUCUUGGUACGAAUAUCGAAGGAAGGCUUCUCGAAUUACAUUGAAAAAUUACACAGCAAUUGUACGAUCUUCACGGAUCUUGGUAAUGCCGAUUUGAGUCGUGAUCUCUACAUGGUUGCGCACGUUAUGCGCUGCGGUAGAAUGCUGUAUUCUGAUUCUGGCAAAAACAAGGCAGGAAGCGCCGUUUACAGAAGACCUCAUGGGGUCGCGGUACUUUCUUUGGCCGACGCUACUCAAGAUCACGCGGAGGAGCUCGAAUUGCCCUUUAAGGUAUACCAAGGUGAAGAGAAAGAGUUCCAUCAAUUGCACGAGCAAAUUAUUCGUAAUAACAAGUGUACUCCACUUCCUGGGCAACCAAAUUAUGGUAUAAUAGUAUCCCUUAGGGUACUUCACGGUGAAUUAUCUCAGGUGCGAGAAGAAAAUCCAUUACUCUUCAAAAACAUUUGCCUUACGAAGAAGCUUGGUUUCUCCGACGUGAUAAUGCCCGGUGAUGUUAGAAACGAUUUGUAUUUGAAGCUCGAGCGUGGUGAGUUCGAACGCGGUGGAAAAUCGACCGGCAAGAACAUCGAGGUCACUAUCUUGGUUUUGGAUGCAGAGGGACAACCAUUGGAAGGAUGUUUGUUUGGCGCAGCAGGAACGGAUGGUAGCUCUGAAUAUCAAAGUUUAGUCAUAUAUCAUCACAAUAGUCCUUCGUGGGCAGAAACUGUAAGAUUAGCUAUACCCAUUGACAAGUUCUACGGCAGUCACGUACGCUUUGAAUUUCGCCAUUGUUCAACUCGAGAGAAAAACGAUAAGAAACUCUUUGCUUUCGCUUUUGUACGUUUAAUGGAACCUGGCGGUGCUACGCUUCAAGAUGGCUCUCACGAACUGUACAUCUACAAGUGCGAAGAACGAGCGAAAUUAGAUUCACUUAGCUACUUAUCUUUACCCAGCUGUGCUCGAGAACCAAGCGCUACAGGUACAUCACCUUUCACCAGGUCGCCCAAAGAGGCCGUAUUCGUGCAUACUCUUCUCUGCAGUACGAAGCUCACUCAGAACGUAGAUUUGUUGAGUCUCCUUCAGUGGAAAGCUCAUCCCGAACAUAUAUCCGAAGCAUUAGGACGAGUUCUUAGGUUGGAUGGCGAGGAAUUAGUAAAGUUCCUUCAGGAUAUAUUAGAUGCUUUGUUCUCGAUGUUUCAUACCGAGGAUGGCAAUUCAACGGCACACUCAGGAUUGGUCUUUCAAGUACUUGUCUCGAUAUUCAGUUUACUCGAGGAUUCCAAGUUCGAACACUUCAAGCCAGUUAUGGAUGCUUAUAUAUCUGGACACUUCGCCGCAGCUUUGGUCUACAAAGGCCUUCUAAGCAGUGUACAACACUGUGCCGAUUGGGUGACGGCGGCUGAGAAGCAGGAACCGAUAAUGAAAUGUUUCAGAUCUCUGGAAUAUAUCUUUAAAUUUAUCAUACAAAGCCGAUUGCUUUUUGCUCGUGCCACGGCCGGCCAAUACGAGGACAGUUUCAAGCGAGAUCUCUACUGUGUUUUCUCUGCAUUGAACAAGAUGUUGGGUAUACCGUACGAAAUGGUACUACUGUCGCAAAUAGCUCUGUUACUUUCGAUCGCAGCUGUCUUCGAGCAAUUGGUAGCCGUAUUACCUGUUCUCGAAGUCGCAAAGUUGACAUGCACCAUGUUGGACUCCGUACCGCGAGAGCCACCGUUGCAACUGACGCAAGCUAAAUUAAUUGCCAUCAAGAACUUAACAACGUCCAGCUUGUUUCGCGAAGACGACGAAAGUAGAAAUCUCUUACUGGUAACGAUCUGUAGACAUCUCAGGAUCCAUUUGGCCAGGCGAGAGGAACUUCGUACUUGCACCGAUAUUCUCGGCGAGAUACUCAGCUUUCUUCACAAGAGAGGCAGAGACACGAACAAGGUCAACAACUGCAUUCAUCAUGACGUCGAAACACUGUGUCUAUCCAUUCUCGACGUAUUGGUACAAACGAUACUUAUAGUUAUCAAUGCGAACGGUCCAGUACUUGGCUGUUUGGUCGCCUGUUUGAUAGGACUGCUUCAACUUCUGGACGAGUAUCAUUAUUCGCGUUUAUGGGAGGAAUUGUCCCAUGGCUCUGAACGAAAACCACUGAAAGAUUUCCUCGUGAGAGUCUUCUUAGUCCUACGCGAUCUCGUUAAGCAAGAAGUUUUCCCGCCCGAUUGGUUGGUCAUCAGGAUGCAAGCUAACAACGUUAUACUGAAAUCGUUGCAAGAGCUCGCCCAACCACUGGCCUUUCGGUUUCUUCAUAGCAGUUUCGAUUCGCAACUUUGGUCGACGUAUUUUAAUUUGGCCGUAGCCUAUCUCACGCAACCUUCUCUUCAAUUGGAACAAUUCUCCGAAGUCAAACGCGAGAAGAUCGUCGAGAAAUACGGUGAUAUGAGAGUGCUGAUGGGCUUUCAGAUAUUGUCGAUGUGGUCGAAUUUGGGUGAUCGCAAACUCGAGUUUAUUCCUGGAAUGGUCGGACCUUUCCUCGAGGUCACCCUCGUACCAGAAAGUGAAUUGAGAAAGGCGACUUUACAUAUCUUUUUUGACAUGAUGGAGUGUGAACAACGUGCACGCGGCAGCUUUAAAUCCGUCGAGUCAGAACUUAUAGACAAAUUGGAUAUACUCAUCAGUGAGAACAAGGGUGACGACGAGUACAGACAAUUGUUCAAUACCAUGGAACAUCUUAGUGCUGUAUUGUUGGAUAGAGUCCAGUCGGAGGAUCCAGCUUGGAAAGAUAGUGGGACUGCGUUCAUCACGUCGAUCACUCGCUUGUUGGAAAGACUUCUGGAUUAUCGCAGCGUUAUUCAGGGUGAUGAAAAUCGUGACAAACGUAUGUCAUGUACGGUGAAUUUAUUGAACUUCUACAAGAAUGAGUUCAAUCGUAAGGAGAUGUAUCUUCGUUACAUUUACAAGUUACACGAUCUUCAUCUCGCCGCUGAGAAUUACACGGAAGCUGGAUUCACGAUGAAACUGUAUGCCGAUCAGUUAGGAUGGGGCUCGAACGUUUUACCGUCCGAUCAUGCGCAUCCUCAGCAACCAGAAUGGCAAAGAAAAGAAGUUCUCUAUCACAAGAUCAUUCAUUACUUGGACCGUGGUAAAUGUUGGGAAAAGGGUAUACCUCUUUGCAAGGAACUGGCUGUUUUGUACGAAACCAGACUUUACGAUUACGCCAAACUCAGUCACGUGUUGAAACUACAAGCUAAAUUCCUGGACAAUAUCUUGACUCAACUCAGGCCAGAACCAGAAUACUUCAGAGUCGGUUUCUACGGUCUAAGUUUCCCACUUUUCGUUAGAAACAAAUUAUUCAUUUAUCGUGGCCUGGAAUACGAGAGAAUAGGAGCGUUCACUCAAAGACUGCAAACUGAAUUCCCAAGCGCACAAAUAUUGAUGAAAAAUUCACCGCCCGAUGAAAGUAUUCUAACGUCCGAGGGUCAAUAUAUACAGAUAUGUAAUGUAAAACCGAUACCGGAAGAAGGUAGUUUGGCAUGUAGCGGAGCAGAAAUUCCAGAACGUGUGGUAGCGUUUUAUUUGGUAAACGACGUACGAAGAUUUACAUUCGACCGGCCACUUCAUCGAGGGCCCGUCGAUCGUGAAAAUGAAUUCAAAUCACUUUGGAUCGAGAGAACAACUCUAACUACCGAAGCGAAGCUGCCAGGUAUUUUGAGGUGGUUCGAAGUGAUCGAGAAAAGAUCGGAGCUUUUGGCACCAGUCCAGUAUGCCUGUGAAACGAUGCAAUCCGUCGAAAGAGAACUGAGAAGACUCGUUGCUCAAUACACGGCAGAGCCUCAUAGGAACAUCAAUCCCUUCAGUAUGAGGCUACAAGGUAUAAUCGAUGCCAACGUUAUGGGUGGAAUAACGAAGUAUCAGGAAGCAUUCUUGACUACUGAGUUCGCCAGGCAAAAUCCGGACAUGGUACCGCACGUGAAUCGGCUGAAAAAUUUAAUACUUGAUCAAAUGAGCGUCCUAGAGUCUGGCUUGGUUUUGCACGGUCAAAUAGCACCGCCCGGGGUUCAACCAUUACACAAAAGACUGAUCGAACGAUUCACCCAACUGAAGCAAGGUCUCGGGCCACUUGCCAGACAGCGAACGAUUCACCAGGAUAGCAUAGUCAAUUCGCCAUUGCCACCCUUACCUACCAGCGAGAAACAAAGGCCAGCUACUUUGGAAAACGUAGGUUCAAGAAUGUCUCAUGCCGACAGCGAUGGCCUACCAGAAGACGAAAGAUUUUAUUCUAGAGUCGAUGGUGCACCACCACCCAUUCCUCAACGAGAAGUAAGGCCAAGAUCCGUGGGUUAUGGCACAACACCACCUAGACCUACUCAUCAAAGAACUCUAAGUAAACCAUUGAGUCCGAAGCUACCACUGAGGCAUUCUUUGCCAACUCCGACAGACGGGGUAGAUCAGAGCGGCUUGAGAAGUUCUUGGAGCGAGCCUGGCCCAGAACCGGCACCACCGUUACCACCUAGAGGCUGCACUCCCGAUAAAAGAGAUAAUAAUACGAAUACCGUUGUACCUCCAGCGCCACCAAAAAGAUUGGCAUACAAACGUAAUACAGAGUGGAGUACAGACGAUGAUUCAGAAACUCAAAACGAACCGAAUGAUCUUCAAGAUAGUGGCAUCUCAACGGCCAGUCUGUUAGAUUUCCAAUCUCACUUAACUAAUCUAAAUAAUCUCAGUUACGAGGAUUGUGAACCACGCACGAGGUGUAACGACAUAAUGAACAUCUCACCACCGUCUAUGAUUAAUUCUCUCAAUGUUUCUACGAGUAGUUUCCCUAGUGGUACAUUCCAGGGAUCGAACUCCCUUUCUGCUCAGGAGGUAAGCCCUCCACCAAUUCCACCCAAAGCUCAUCAAGAUACCCCAUCAGCACCAUCGACUUUGGAAAGGAGUCGAUCAGGUGGUUACCAUGGACAUACGGAGAAUUAUUCUGUACCAAAAAUGCAAACAUUGUCCGUGGCAUCGGACACAGAGAGUACUGUGUAGCAAUGUCGUAUCUCCUAGUCCUUAGCGAUUAGUCGUAAUAAUAAUAAUAAUAAUAAUAAUAAUUAUAAUUAUAAUUAUAAUUAUAAUAAUAAUAACAAUAAUAUUAAUAAUAAUAAUAAUAAUAAAAAUAAUGUGUAAGUGCCAUAGUCCGGCAAAUCCGAUAUCUUGGAUAGUUCGUUGUUAAGAUUAAGUAUGAUUACAACAUCGUUCUAAUGAUUCUAUAAUUGGUGAUGAUAUAAUGAUAAGAAGAACAAUUAAAAAAAAAAAAAAAUCU